CAUGAAUUUAGUGAAUAUUAUCUGGACGUAGUUUAUAGACAAAGCAAAGACGCUUACGUUUUUGAAGAGGACGAAGAUUUUUACCCUGAAGACAAUCCAUCUGAAGAAGAAGAAGAAACUCCUCAGAGCUCACCUGAGGAAAAAGAGCCAGAAGAAUCAGAAGGUGGUUUUAUAUCAGCCCUGCUGUGGACUUUUCUUAAUAUUCUUGUGGAAGUUUUGUUCUUAUGACGGCAGCAGAAAUGUUGGAAUACGAGAACCAGAUGUUUCUGGAUGUUCUUCACGAAAACGGAUUGCUUGUUGCAGCAAGGGGUCUGCGACUGGAAACUGUGAUAAUGAACCUAAUGAAGGUGUACUGUGACCCUGGUAACCUCGUGUUGGUCCUCGGCACAGCCUCCAGGGAAGAAGAGUACUUUGUAACGGAGCUAGAGCGUCAGGGUGUCUCGCCUCUGCCUCGUGUCAUCACGUCAGACGUUACCAACACGGAAAGGGAGCGAGUGUACCUGGAAGGAGGAGUACUGAUGGUCUCAGCUCGUAUACUGGUGGUAGACCUGCUGAAACAGAGAGUACCCGUGGCUCAUAUCACCGGCUUCAUCGUUCUAAGGGCCCACAAGAUCCUAGAAUCUUGUCAGGAGGCCUUUGCUCUUCGAUUGUAUAGGCAAGAUAAUAAAACAGGAUUUGUAAAAGCGUUUUCAUCUUCCCCUGAGUCAUUCACUGUUGGUUUUGCUCGUAUUGAAAGAAUCAUGAGGUCUCUGUUUGUGAAGAAUCUCUUUCUCUGGCCACGAUUCCACGCCACAGUCAACUCGAGUCUGGAUAAGCGUAAGGCAAUGGUUAUUGAACUGCAUGUGCCCUUCACCCCUCUGAUGUCCACCAUCCAGACUGCUGUCCUGGACCUUGUCCACUUCUGUGUCAAAGAGAUUAAGAGGAUAAAUCCAUCUUUGGAAACUGACUCCAUCACAGUGGAGAACGCUCUGUCAAAGACCUUCCACAAGCUGCUGCAGCUGCAACUCGAUCCGAUCUGGCACCAGCUAAGUGCCAACACUAAGCAAUUGGUUGCUGACCUCAAGAUACUGCGCUCUAUAAUCACUACCCUCACCCAAGGCCACAGUGUGCGUCUGCAGGCAUUGCUGUUGACUCUACGCAGCAGUGACUAUGCCAAACGAAGCUCAGGCUGGAUUAUGCUUGACUCAGCUGAAACUCUCUUUGUCUCUGCCAAGAAGCGACUGUACAAUAGUAAGCAGGAAGUGGCUCCAGAAAUGAACCCCAAAUGGCAGACACUGUCUGAGGUGCUGAAGGAGAUCCAUGGGGAUUCUGGAGGGAGCAGCCAGACAGUUUUAAUACUCGUGGAGACUCUUGCCACAUGUAGGCAACUCAAGCAGUAUUUAACAAAAGGAGGUCCAGCAAUGCUGCAGGAUCUGUACAAAAAACUGUUGGGCAAGAAAGUAACUUCCAAUGAACCGAUGCAGAUAGAUAAUGUGGAAGAGGAAGAAGAGGAAGGACAUGUCUUCACUCUGACCCAGACUACUUCAGAGGACAGUGAAAGUGCCAAGUACACAGAGUGCACCACACAGCUGGACUCAGCAUCGGAGCCAGUGGUAGUGCUGCAGCAGUUCAAACCAGAUGGAGAGCCCCUAUCACUGCCUUCUACACUGCGCUCACUCAAGCCUAAGUACAUCGUCAUGUAUGACGUUGACGUCACAGCUAUAAGGCAGAUCGAGGUGUACCAGAGUUCAGAGAGUGAGUGUCAGAUCCAAGUGUAUUUCCUGAUCUACGGAGGCUCGGUGGAAGAGCAGGCAUAUCUGACAACUCUCAGGCGAGAGAAGGAGGCCUUUGACUUCCUCAUCAAGGAGAAGUCUACAAUGGUAGUAGCAGCUGACCAGGAGGGCAAGGGAACGGAUUGCAGUGAGCUGAGUCGGGACAUCGGCCAGUCAGCAGUUCCCUCUGUCAACACUCGCAGAGGUGGCAAUGCUGAACCCAACACCAGGCCCAGGGUCAUUGUGGAUAUGAGGGAGUUCCGCAGCGAGUUGCCAGCCUUGCUUCAUCGGCGGGGCAUUGACAUUGACCCAAUCACAUUGCAGAUCGGGGACUAUAUCCUGACACCAGAGAUGUGUGUGGAACGGAAGAGCAUCAGUGAUCUGAUUGGUUCCCUCAACUCAGGCCGAUUGUACCAGCAGGCUCUGGCCAUGUGUCGGCACUACGUCAAGCCCAUGCUGCUCAUAGAGUUCGAUCAGAACAAGCCAUUCGCCUUGCAGGGCCGUUAUUACCUGAGCAGUGAUCUACAGAGCAGUGACAUCACAGCCAAGCUCCAACUGCUGACUCUCCACUUCCCCAGGCUGCGACUGGUGUGGUCCCCCAGCCCUUAUGCCACAGCACAGCUCUUUCAUGAGCUCAAGGAAGGGAAAGAUGAGCCAGUGGCAUCUGUGGCUGCAGCUGUGGGACUUGAAGGCACCACUCUGGAGGAUGAUGUGCAUAUUGAGAAAUACAACACUGCCAUACAUGACUUUGUAAGCAAAUUGCCUGGAGUGAACACCAAGAACCUUGUGUCUCUGAUGAACAAGGGCGAGUCCCUAGACCACCUCAUGACACUGUCUAAGGAACAGCUGGGAGAUCUCAUCAGCAACAGUCAGAACGGGGUGUUGCUCCACGAUGCUCUCCACAAGCCCUUGAAGGCUCCGACUGAGGCUACGUCUUUCCGAGGACGGGCCAGAGGGCGAGGCUUCCGGCGACGGAAGACCUAGACAAAUGACAGACUAUGUUACCAUAUCAUUGUAUCUUCCCCCUUACCUGUGUGUUCAAUUGGACUUGAAUGAACUAUAAUGUUGACCACUUGUGAUUGUAGUGGUUACAAAAUGAAUAAUGGAAUACAAUUCUAUAUAGUUAGUACUCUUCAAAAUCAUAAAAUAGUGUUUUGUACCUGAAAUGUGUUUUGUGUGGCUUUAACUAAGUGGGUUGUUGUAUCAUGUAAUGAUUGAAAGUUAAUUUUGAAGUAUAUUUGGUGAGUAAAGAAAGUGAAUAUAAAUUAGUUGAUCCUUUUUGAAAUUGAGGAUACACCCAAUGUAUGUAUUGUCAUUGCCUUAAAAUAUAUAAAAACCAGUGUAUUAUUAUUUUACAUA